ACAGCCCUUAUUGAAGCCACCACCACAAAGACAGGAAAUCGGACACAGUCACCACUUAACAACAAACAUGGCGGCCGUAGCUGUUGAACGUCCUCCGGUUGAGGAGAAGGUGCGGACCCUGAAGCUGUCUGGCCACGUGGGAUUUGACUCCCUGCCAGACCAACUGGUGGCCAAGAGCACUCAGAAUGGCUUCACCUUCAAUAUUCUCUGCAUCGGUGAGACAGGGAUGGGAAAAUCAACUUUAAUGGACACCCUCUUCAACACCAGCUUUGAGUCGAACCCUGCCCCACACACCCUGCCGGCCGUCAAGCUCAAGUCACACACCUACGAGCUGCAGGAGUCCAACGUCAAGCUCAAGCUGACAAUAGUGGACACGGUGGGCUACGGGGACCAGAUCAACAAGGGGGACAGCUUCACCGCCAUCGUGGACUACAUCGACAAGCAGUUUGACGACUACCUGCAGGAGGAACUCAAGAUCAAACGCAGCCUCUCCUCUUACCACGACACUCGGAUACACGCCUGCCUCUACUUCAUCUGCCCCACUGGCCACGGGCUGAAGAGCAUUGACCUGGUGUGCAUGAAGAAGCUGGACUCCAAGGUGAACAUCAUCCCCAUCAUUGCCAAGGCAGACACCAUCUCUAAGUCUGAGCUCACCAAGUUCAAGCAGCGCAUCACACAGGAGAUUAAAACAAACAAUAUCCACAUCUACCAGUUCCCCACCAAUGAUGAUACAAUGGCCAAGGUGAACAUAGACAUGAACAGCCAGCUUCCCUUCGCGGUGGUUGGCAGCACUGACUUUGUGAGGGUUGGCAACAAAAUGGUCCGUGCUCGCCAAUACCCCUGGGGCACUGUGCAGGUUGAGAAUGAGAGCCACUGUGACUUCACAAAGCUGCGAGAGAUGCUGAUUCGCACCAACAUGGAGGACAUGAGAGAGGUCACCCACCAGCGCCACUAUGAACUCUACCGCAAGAAGAUCCUUGAAACGAUGGGCUUCACGGACAUAGGAGAGGACAACCAGCCUGUGAGUUUCCAGCAGACGUUUGAGCAGAAGAAGGUGGAGCACAGGGAGGAGCUGCAGCGGAAGGAGGACGAGAUGAAACAGACCUUCGUGCUGCGCGUUAAGGAGAAGGAGGUGGAGCUCAAGGAGGUGGAGAAGGAGCUCCUGAACAAGUACGACGCAUGGAAGAGAGAAAACACGGAUGAGAAGAAACGUUACGACGACUUGAAGAAGAGACUGGAGGACGAGAGGGCGGAGUUCAUGAAGAGAAAGCACCAGGUGUCCACGCAGCAACUCAGCUCACACACCAUGACUCUCGGCAAGAAGAAGAAGUAAACGGUUCAAAGGAAGGCUUGGAGAACUAAAGGAAAGAGUGUUCAGAUUGUUUUGGCGUGUUGAAAAUGUGAAAUGAGUAAAAAUAACUAAAAUAUUUCCAAGAGAGGCCACAGUGAGAGAUAGUUUGAGAGGGGGAGGAGAAUAACAGGGAGGAGUAUUGAGGGUUUUGAGAUAUAGAAAGGUGAAAUAAAAAAAAAAACUAACAAAGAUACAUUUCCAACCGAAGAUACAAAAAGUGUUCAAGAGGUAUAGAAAAGAAUAAUAAUAAUAAAAACAGAGAAUAACAGGGAGGAGUAUUGAGGGUUUUGAGGUUUAGAAAGGCAAGAAAGAAAAAAAAACAUACAUUUCCAAGCGAAGGUACAAAGAGUGUUCAAGAGGUAUAGAAAAGUAGAAUAGUAAUAAAAAACAGAUAUUCCAAAGAGGGCAGAGAGGGAGUUAGUACAAGGCGAUAGGAGAAUAGAUAGGACAGUGAGCAGUUCAUAAAAUUAUAUUGGGGAAUAGAAAAAUGAAUUAGUAAAAAAUAUAUAUAUAGUUGUAAGAAGGCCACAGAGAGAGUUAGUUCAAGGGGAGGAGUGGAUGGAUGGGAAAGUUUGCAGUUUAAAGGAAGGAAGAGUAAAAGUUAAAGGAAGAAACAAUUUAGAGGUCACAGUAAGUAGACAGUUCAAAGGAAUAAAAGUGAAAAAAAUAAAAUAAAAUGGAGUUUAUAAGUAAGAUUAAGAUUUGUGGUUAGGGGUAAGAAAAUACAAGAAAAAUGUAUUAAUGAGUAAAGAGCAAGAAGGAAAUGGUGUAGGUUAGUUGAUGUGUUGAGGAGUGUUUUUCCUCAUCAGUUGACAUGUUCAGGAAACCAAAAAGAAAUAAUGAUAGUGUAAAGAUCGUUUGUUGUUUAUUUUGUAGAUGUAUGAAACUUGAACACAAAUUGGAAAAAGAAAAGAAUGAAAGAUGUGUUAAUUCAUGUUUCCUUAUCAGUUUAAAAAAAAAAAUAAAUAAAAAAAAAAAAAAAAAAAAAUAACAACACUGAAGAAAUAAAGAGUUCAUCGUUUCUUGUAAAUUUACAAAAACGGGAAACAGGAAGAUAUUUGAGAAAGAAAAAGAAAGACUUGUUUAUUGAUAUGUUCUCCCAUCAUUAUAUAAAAGAACACCCAAAAAGUGAGUCUGAUAAAUAAAAAGUUAAAUGUUUUCUCAGAUUUAUGAAACACUGAGCAGAAACAUAAGCAAGAGAAAAAUCAAUAAAGACAAGUUUACUAAUAUUUUCCCUCAUCACUCUGCAGUAAAUGCCCAAAAAAUGACUGAUGAAUAAAAAUGGAAUUGUUUUCUUAGAUUCAUGAAACAAACACAAACAUAAUCUAGAAAAAAAAGAGAGAAAGAAAGAAAAGAGAUUAAUAUUUUUUCUUAUCACUGUAUUGUAAAUGCCCAAAAAAAUAACACUGAAAAAUAUUUAAUUGUUUAUCCGUAGAUUCAUGAAACAAACACAAACGUAAUCUAGAAAAAAAGAAAGAAAGAAGAGAAGAAAGAUGUUUAUUAAUAUUUCAUCUCACUCUAUACAGUAAAUGCCUCAAAAUAACACUGAAAAGUUAAAAUUUAUUGUCUAUUUUAACAUUCAUGAAACAAACACAAACAUAAUCAAGAAAAAAGAAAACGAAAAGAAAGAUUUUUAGUAUUUCCUCUUAUCACUGUAUUGUAAACGCCCAAAAAUAAUGCUGAAAAUAUUUAUUGUUUAUUUUAAGAUUCACGAAACAAACACAAAUAUAAACUAGGAGGAAAGAAGGAUUACUAUUUCCCCUCAUCUCUCUAUACACUAAACCAAAAAUAAGUAAAUAAAACUAAAAAAAGCAAGCUAAUCAAUGAAAGUCUGCCUGUCUGUCUCUCACCACAAAUAAAUACACAAGUAAAUAAAAAACAUUGAAAAACAAGCCAACAUUUUUCUUGGGUUAAUGAAAGUCUGCUUGUCUGUCUCUCACCACAAAUAAACCAAAAAACAAGUAAAUAGAUAAAUAAAAAACUCAAAACCACAAAUAAACCCUCUAAAAAAAUAGAUGGUAAAUAAAAUACUGAAAAAAUAAGCUAACAUUUCUUGAGUCAAUGAAAGUUAGCUGGUCUCUCUCUCCCACAAAUAAACAAAAAAAAAAAAUAGAGAAAUAAAUAAAACUUCCCAAAAAAUAAAUAGAUCAGUAAACAAAACACUAAAAAAUCAGCCAACAUAUACGUCAAUGAAUGUCAGCCUGUCUCUCAUAAACUCCAAGAAGUAAGAGAGAGAGAGAACAGCAGGACGGAAGAUAAACAUUGAGUCAAAGUGUUCCUGGGAAGUAUAAGGAGGAGGAAGUACAUUUAUUCUGCUAUUUUUGUAUUGACUUGUGUAAUGUGGAUCUGCUAGGGAAGGUUAAGUGGGACCAGAAAUGAGUUUGGUGUUUAUUCAUGGUUUUAUAUGUACUUAAGUGAUUAUUAUGUGCAAAUUUACUGUAUUAGGUCAGUCAUUGUGUUAUUAUUUUUAUCAUUUUUUAUUAUUAUUAUUGAGUGUUUUGUUUAUGCUUUUUAUGUUAGGUUAGGUUAUUUAAGAUCGUAUUGUUUAUUAAGGUUGAUUAUUAUGAUUACCAGUUUCCUACGUAUUAUUAGUAUGUAUUUUUGUAAUAAUUUUCCACAGCCCCCAUAUAGAUACAGGAAAAAUGAGACAAAGAGGAGGAGGAGGAUUCUGUAGUCAGUUUUUAUAUUUUUUUUGCUCAUUGUUAUUAUUAUUUCUUUUAUCAGUUGCUCUCUCUCUUUCUCAAUUAUUAUGAUUAUUUUUUCAAUAGGUCAUCUUCAUUGCUUAGUUAAGAUAAGCAGCUGUUUGGUCAUCAUAUUAACAUUACCAUCAUUAUCAAAUAUGAGCUGUGAUUUUCUCUUUAUGGUCAGUGUUAGAGCUAUUUAUUCAAAUGAGCAACGAUUCUCUUCUCAUUAUCACUGUCAUUUGUUUUUUUCAAGGUCAGUAUUACAUCAAUUUAUUUAUAAGAGCAAUGGUUCUUUUCUUCAGCAUUAUUUAUUUAUUUAUGGUCAAUUUUACAGUUUGUUUAUUUGUAUGAGCAGUGAUUCUGUUGUCAUUAUCAUUUUUUAUUUAUUGAAGGUCAGUAAUACAUUUAUUUAUUUAUACGAGCACUGGUUCUCUUGUCUUCAUUGUUAUUUGUUUAUGUCCAAAAUUACGGCUUAUUUAUUUGUAGGAGCAAUGAUUCUGUUGUCAUUAUAAUUUUUAUUUAUUGAAGGUCAGUAAUACAGUUUAUACGAGCAAUGAUUCUCUUGUCUUCAUUGUUAUUUGUUUAUGGUCAAUAUUACAGCUUGUUUAUUUAUAUGAGCAAUGAUUCUUUUUUCAUAAUUUUUUUAAGGUCGGUGUUACAGUUUAAACGAGCAAUGGUUUUCUUUUCUUCAACAUUGUUAUUUAUGGUCAGUAUUACAGCUUAUUUAUUCACUGUUGGUCUUUGUGAGGUGAGCAGCUGUAGGCACAUGUACUGCUUUAUUUGACAUGCGUACGUACAGACAACAUAAUAAGAAACUCAAGGUGGAAUUAGUGUCAUGUGUUGUGUAGUGCUGUGUCAAGUGUUAUCUGUGUCACACUCACCACAGCACCGGGACACAUGUAUGAUGCAAGACUCUAAAGUAUUAUUCACUACAUUCAUCUCAUUAACCCCUUCAGUACUGGGAUGCAUUUUCACCUUGAGUUCUGGGUGUGAUUAGAUGAUUUUAUUUACAUUAGGAAGGAUCUAUGGAGGUCAGAAGAUUAAUGGCCAAUCUUCACUAUUUUAAUACUCAUGGAAGUUUUUGAAUCUGUAUAAAAUCAAGUAGUAAGCAGAAUAAAUAUGAAAACACAUCCUGGUACUGAAGGGGUUAACUAACAGAACACUAAAAAAGCAAUACUGGCAGUGAUUUAGUAUGCAUCUCACUCACAGUUCAUUACUAUUAUGGAUAUUUCAAAGUUUGUUCUUUAAUUCAAAACUCAAAAGUUUUAUUCACUAUAUUCCUGUGCUAGUUAAUUAACAAAAACAUAAAAAAACAAAGCAAUACUGACGAUAAUUAUUUAGUAUGCUUCUUCAAACUUAACCUGCUAUUCAGUACUGUUAUAUUUCAAAAUUUAUUCUUUACUAUAUAAUUCAAAUGUAUUAUUCACUCCAUUCAUUUGCUAAUUAACUAACAAAACAUUAAGGAAAGGCAAUGCUGACAAUUAUUCUGUAUGCUUCUUCAAACUUUACUUGUAGUUAGUUCAUUACUAUUAUAAAUGUAUUUCAAAGUUUGUUCUUUUACUGUUAUGUAAUGUCUAGUUUGUUUCUAGUAAUGCUAAACAAAACCAAACACACACACACACACACACACACAACAAAUAUGUCAUUACUGUAUACAUUUCAGAAUCAAAUAAUUCAUCAUAAUUUUUAGUAAUGGCAAACAAAACAAAACACACACACACACACACACACACACACACACACACACACACACACACACACACACACACCAUCAUCACUGCUGUAUA